AUGACAGACACAGCUUUGACGGAGCAGCUGGAGGAAUGUAGGUCACGAUGGCACAAUUUUUAUGAAUGGGUUCCUCAAUACACUGCAUUCCAACUACACCUUUUGAUUCUCAAGUUACUGGUUCUUUAUGAAAAUGUAUAUCUCCCGGGGGCCCGGAAACCUUUUCAAAAGUGUAGGGUGACCGCAUCAAACCCCCUUGGGGAAGGACUACUUUGGGCCCCAGUUAUAUGGACCACAACCUAUAAAACUUGGGUGAACCCGGAAAAAAUCUCAAAACGGGCAAGGGGGCCCUGGAGUUCAAAUUGGGUCAAGUUUUUAAUUUCCCCCGUCCCUCAGCUGGCCGAAGAAAAUCACCCGAUACCAAUCUGUCUUCAGCUACUUGUUUUGGUUCAAUUUUCACCAACCCAGAAUGCCGAGCUGGAGGAGAAGGUUGUGGAUCUACACAAGACACAUAAAGGGCAGACACCUGCAGAAGCAGAACUACACUAUCUAGAAAAUGCAAAGAAAUUAGCAAUGUACGGUGUUGAUAUGCAUUCAGCUAAGGAUUCAGAAGGUGUAGAUAUCAUGUUGGGUGUUUGUGCAUCAGGCCUCCUUGUUUAUAGAGACAAAUUACGUAUCAAUCGAUUUGCAUGGCCCAAAAUCCUCAAAAUCUCAUACAAGCGAAGUAACUUCUACAUCAAGAUUAGACCUGGCGAGUUUGAAACCUUUGAGUCGACAAUCGGGUUCAAAUUGCCCAAUCACAAGGCAGCUAAGAGACUUUGGAAGGUGUGCGUGGAGCACCACACCUUUUUCAGAUUAAUGACUCCAGAACCACCACAGAAGCAAGGGCUUUGGCCACGGUUAGGGUCAAAGUUCCGAUAUUCUGGACGGACACAGUACCAGUCCCGCAUGGCAGCUAAUCUUAGUGAUCGAAACAAUCCUGAAUUUGAGCGAACGCUAAGCCGUAGAAAACUGUCUUCAAGAAGUAUGGAUGCCCAAAAGAAUGCUAGCAACCUGUCGCAGGGGCCUCUCCCCCCACACACAGCCCUGGGAACCCGUACUGGGGAGACACCCGAGAUGUCCAAGAGGCACACCAUGUCCCACCCUCCCCCACAUAUCCCUGGCUUGGAGGAAGCCCCAGGCAAGGACGGGGCCAACAAGGCUGGCAGUGGAAGGGACACCCCUUCAGCAGAGGAACGCACCCCAGAGAAGAAAGAUAAGAAACCUGUGGGAGGUGUAGCAGUGCUGCCAAUGGCAGACUUGAUGAAGGCCACUAAGAAGCGUGCUGAGAAGCUGGCACAGGCUGAGGAGGAGGCAGCGAAGAAAAGCGGUGCUCCCCCCUCGACAACCCCCCCACCUGGCUACAAGACCAUGGAAGGCCGGAAAUCGGGUCGUGAAAAGGAAGAGGAUGGAGAAGGAGGACAGGGACCAGGGGACUCUAGUUCGGCUGACCCCCUUGUCAAGACACACCGUACAGUCUUCCAGAACCCGAGUGCAACUGAGGCGGCCGGUUCUCCUGGCUCCCCCCCCUUUACCCGGCAGUACUCAUAUGAGGAGCUAGAGACAGAACCUAGGAGGCCCUACAGCCCUACCGGCCAUGGCUUCAAGUAUGACGGCAAGUCGGCAGAGGGCCAGGGUGAGGUCAACGACCCAAUGGUGAUGGAGAAGCGACGAGGGCAGGCCCAGGCCUUCAACUAUGCUCCAGGAGAGGAUUCUAAGGUGGCUGAGACAGCUGAGAAACGCAAAACAAGCCAUUUGGAUCAGAGUCCUGGCUCUGGUGCCAUGGAAGAGGGUAGGGGUUUAUCAUCCCCAGACACAACAUUGCCAGAGACCUCAGUUGAUGAGAGCAUGUUGAACACUUCAGCUGAUUCCACUGGCAUCAUGGCUGGGUUCCUUGCUGGCAAGAAGGGCAAGAAGGAAAAAGGGAAAGAUAAAGAUAAGGGUAAAGACAAAGAUAAAUCUAAAGACAAAGGCAAAGACAAGGACAAGGACAAGAAGGCAGCAGCCAAACAGGAGAAGGACAAGAAAGAGAAGGGGAAGAAGAAGGGACGAUUUGGAAUCUUUGGAGGUAGGGACCGCAAGGCUUCAACCAGCAGCAGCAGCAGUAGCAGUGACAGCUCAAGUGACAGUUCAGAUGACAGUUCAGAUGAGAGUGUGGUGGUGGAGAAUCGUGAGGGCACAGAGCCUAAGGACAUUGAUUCAUCCAUGGUGGCCUCAGACCGAUCGUAUGCAGCAGACCACUCAAACACAUCCCUCAUCGUGAACCCUGCAGCAACGAGCGAGCCCUCCUUCACGGCUGACCACUCGGCCUCGGAGCUGAUGGUGGAUCCCUCUGCACAGGCCACCCUGGAGGAUGCAGGGGGAGAGCUGACCUCAGCCUCCUCCACUGCACCCAAAAUUGUCAAGACCACUACCAAGAAGACCUUCGUGCAGGAUGCGGAGGGGGUCUCAGAGGAUAUUGUCCAGAGAGUGGAAGACCUGGGGACAGGAGAGGUUGAGUUGAACACCCAGAGCCAAAAGGCUGAGCAUGCUGAGGGUGAGGGAGAGAAGCCUCAUGUUGUAGCUACAACUGUUACCACCAUCACGGCCCAGAGCAUGGAGGACAAGAGCACCAAGGAACGGACGCAGCAGGUCCAGGAGAAGACCUUCGCAUCAACCACCAUGACAACUGGCACAACACAGGAGCAGACGGUGGUGACGCAGGAGGUGAAGAAACAGUCACGCUCCAUUGCCCCUCAGGAUGCAUUGGCCAUUGACAAGCAGGGUCAGGGCGGCCAAGCUGCUACCCCCUACUACCCCCCGGGAGGCUUUAGCGGCAAUGCACGCGCCCGAACCCUCUCCAGCGGAAGUGACGAUUCAGGCACCUCAGUCGAUCCCUUGGACUCUGAUUAUGAUUUUGUCAACAAGGAUGGCAUUGUACCGACUGAGGCCCAGAUGUUUGACGCUAGUGGCGUCGACACCUCCACCAUGAGCGUGGAAACCCCCCCUGUGGUAGAGACGGAGUUGCGCAAGGUGUCUGUGCUGGGAGGAGAGCUUAUUGACGAGGAGAAUGCCGAGGUGAUCAGCUCUCAGGCCAUCACUUCCCGAACCCGCACUGUAGAGACCAUCACUUACAAAACUGAGAAGGACGGGGUAGUGGAGACCAGAGUGGAGCAGAAGAUCACAAUCCAGAGUGACGGUGACCCAAUUGACCAUGACCGUGCUCUGGCUGAGGCCAUCCAGGAGGCCACCAGGAUGAACCCAGACAUGACAGUUGAGAAAAUCGAGAUCCAGCAGCAGUCCACGGAGUAAGAGUUGUAUUCUCCCAUUGAGACAUCAGAGACCCAGUGUUGAAUCCUUUUUACAUGGCAGCUUUACCGAGAUAACCACCACAUCGGCUUUUGAAACAUUUUCCCCCAUUAAGAUAUGAGUCCCGCAUGCUAGGCCAUUGCUCGGCAAUCCGGGUCGUUUUGCUUCUUCGGCAGCAACACAGGCCUAUAAAAAAUUAUGAAAAAUAUAAGCGAUAGGCAGCCCCCUUUCUUAGAGUCUAUAGUUUUUCUGACAUUAACAUUUAGUUUUGACAAAAAUGUGCUUGCAAACUUACCAAUGUGUAAGCUGUGUUUAGCAGGGAAGUGAGUAGUAGAUCGAUACAUUGUGGCAUAUCCCAAUGCUUCUAACCCAGUAAUUUUGUCAGGUAUUUUUACCUGGUAUAAAGCAAGAUAGAGGAAAAAAAAACAAAAAAAAAAUAAAUAGAACACUUGCAUUUUUUAACUUUUAAUAAGAGAAAAGAUUUAAAAAAUGCUGUCUUCAGAUGAUCUUUUAAACUUAGAUUUUUAUAUCUCCCUUGCUCCCCCAGUUUUCUUUGGUCUAGAGAUAAUGAUUUAUGGAUUGUAAGCAAGCAAGCAAGCAAACAGCAAUAGCAGAAAAAAGGUGUGUGCAGAGUAGAGUAUAGCAAACCUUGAUCUUCUGGUUGAAGUAAAAAGUAAAUGCACCUUCCCAUGCAGUUCAUCAGAUGCGUAGAGACAAAAAUUUUAAAAAAGAAGAAAAGGAAAAAAAAAAAAA